CCUCCGAACCGAAGAAAUGGCCGCCAUGACCGUCUCCAUGACCGGCGUUCGCGCCUCCGCGACGCCCUCCACCCGCAGGGCUCGCAUCGGGUCUCGCCAGGUCGCCCCCUCCGCGUUCCGCCGCGCCGCGGUGACCUCCGGACGCCGCUCCAACGCCCUCGUGGUCAAGGCCGAGGGCAUGGACGACAUCAUGAAGAAGUACAACGAGAUCACCUACAAGAUCCCUCCCAUCGUCACCGCCGCCGCGGUGCCCGUCGUCGGCCUCUCCCUGCUGUGCAAGGCGGUUACCGGCCACGGCCUCCCCGGCACCCUCCUCGGCUCCAUCGAGGGCAUCUCCUGGCUCGUCCUCCCCCUCGGCGCCGGCUCCCUCGCGCCCAAGCUCGGCGACCUCGGCAAGGCCGCCGACGUCUCCGAGGCGAUCAAGAUCCUCACCACCGAGGGCCGCGCCUACGGCGGCUUCGGCGAGGACUCCCGCGGCAAGAACGCCACCGAGAGGCUCGCGUCCAUCUCCAAGGCUGUGGACCCCAACUCCCCGCUCGGCCAGCAGAUGGCGGACAUCGAGCGCCGCAAGAAGGAGCUCGAGUCCGAGACCCCCGAGCAGAAGGCCGCGCGCGAGGCGCUGAAGAAGGAGCUCGCCGCGCAGGCCCUCGGUCUCGGCAAGGACAUCUCGUCGGAUUCCGAGAAGGAGGCUGACGAGAAGGGCCGCGACGGCCUCCUCGCCAAGCCCGUGACGCAGACGCUCAAGGAGUCCAUGACCGUGGAGAACUACGAUGAGGACAUCACCAAGUACGACGACAAGGCGCUGGGCAGCAAGCUCAACCUGUCCACCACGGAGGUUGAGAAGGGCGCGCCCAAGAACAACAAGGGCGACAAGUGGCGCGAGCAGUACAGGCAGGAGGAGGACGCGGCUGGCGCCGCCGAGUGAGUAUCCCGGCGCGACUCAGGGCGGCUUAAUCUUAUGGACAGAGAUCAACACUUUUAUUACGAGAGACUGUGUUGAAAG